UCACAUUCAAUAUUUUGAAUGCAACGACAUCUCUCACGACUCCUUUCGAGGGCUUAUAUUCCGUCAUCACAUUUGCGAUCGCAUAGGUGCCUACCUAGAGACUCGACUUACUCGCCAGUAUGAGGUAUAAAUGCGGAAUACUGACAGUUCACACUGAAGUGCCUAUUCAAAACUAUGUGUUCGAAUCAGUUGCAUCCACCAUUGAUGACCUCAAUCUCGCCUACUAUGGUAAAGAGGAUGCCAUCAAGGUGUUCGCCUUCGCCAUCAGGGUUCCCUCACCCCGGCACAUAUACCACUAUUCAACCCGAGCUUUUCUUUCCUCUUGUUCUCCUCUCGGGUCUUCUAAACAGUAAAGAUGGCGUUCAAUCAGACAGGUGAUAUUCAAGUCCAUGAUGUUCUUAUCGUUGGCGCUGGCCCCUGUGGCCUGGCAGUUGCAGCUCGGUUGAGAGAACAUAUGCCAGCCGCCAACUUCUCAGAUGACGAGCACCAACGUUACCACUGGAUUCAAAAGCACAGGAAUCAGACUAGUAUCAAGAACUACAGGACCGGGGCAGAGAUACGCCCGAAGAAGUCUUGCACUUCCCCUUCCAAGGAAGCAGAACUUGACCUUCUAGUUCUCGAUGCCACCGACAAUCGCUGGAUGGCACGAUGGGACACGCUAUUCAAGACUUUUGACAUCUCACACCUCAGAAGCCCCAUGUUCUUUCACGUUGACCCCUCCGAGCGAGAUGGCUUGCUGGCGUACACAUAUAGGAAUGAAAGAGGUAACGAGCUAACAGAGCUGCGUGGGACAGAGCCCACGGUUGAUGAACGUGAUCGAAACGAUUACUUCGUCCCCUCGACGCCGCUGUUCGCUUCGCACUGCGGUUGUCUCAUGGAUCGUUACAGUUUGCAGGAGAAUAUCGUCCGCCAUGAGAAGGUAGAAGAUAUUCAGUUCGAUUAUAAUGAGGACAUUUCAGAAACCGACAAGAUCUUCACCGUCCGAACCAACAAUGGCACCCAUUACGCAAGGACUAUGGUGCUAGCUGUGGGUGGCAACCCGCCUCAGAUUCCCGAUAUGCCCAGUGAGGGGAUUGAAGCAAUCACCCACGCGAUGCACAUCAAAGAGAUGCCAUCUCCCCAUGUCCGCGCGAAGCUCAAGGCCAAACAAUCAACGCACAUUGUCAUCGUUGGGGGCGGACUAACCUCAGCCCAGCUAGCCGACCUCGCCAUCCGUCGCGGAGUAACCAAGGUGUGGCUCCUGAUGCGCGGGCCUCUCAAAGUGAAAUACUUCGACAUCGGGCUCGAAUGGGUCGGCAAGUUCCGGAACUUCGAGCAAGCCGCCUUCUGGUCCUCCGACUCCGUCGAGGAGCGGUGGGAGAAAGUCCACACGGCGCGGAACGGCGGCAGCAUCACCCCGCGGUACAAGAAGAUCCUCGAGCGGCACAUUGCGUCGGGACGGCUGUGCAUGCUGCAGAACACCACGAUCAAGGAGAAGCAAUGGGAUGCGGCAUCCAAGACUUGGACGGUGGACUUGUCGGACGAGGCACAGACGCCACUGCCGCGCAUCGAUCACAUAUACUUCGCCACUGGCGUGCAGAGCAACUUCGCCUGUCUCCCGUUUUUGCACUCCAUUUGCGCGGAUUAUCCUAUCCAGGAUUGUGGCGGGUUCCCCUGCAUCACGGAAAACAUGGCCUGGAGAGACGACGUCCCGCUCUUCGUCGCCGGCCGAUUCGCCGCCCUGCAGCUCGGCCCCGGCGCCCCCAACCUGAUUGGUGCCAGGAUCGGGGCGGAGCGGAUCGCCUGGUCGAUCCAGGAUGUCCUGGGCACGAAGGACAGCGCUAAGUCGGGGGGCGCCGAGUUUGAUUAUCUGACUGGGAGGGGGAGUCGGUUCGAUGCCUUGGCUGAGGCUGUGUAGAUAGAUACCUGGGCAUGCAGACAUCAGGGGUAUCGGCUCAAGGUUUGCUGGUUAGGUAAAUUUGCAAGGCAUACCUAGAUUACGAAGUAAUUUAGGCAAUCUAUUGCAAUGUGUUUGCCAUAUUUCUGCUCUGUCACUCGCGGUGCGUGAAGCGCCCGGUCUGUGGUCUUGAGCUGGAUCUGGCGCCGAUCCAGUAAACACAUCAGGACGGUGUAUAAGCCGUGAUAGCAAUGAAUGUUUUUCCAGGCGAUAGAGACACUCCUUUGACGCGGGUCUCUGUAGAAUUCUACCCCAAGGCAGAAGAACUUCGUAGGCAAUCCCACCAACCACCAUACCUACGGAUCCCCCCCCCCUUUCUCACCUUUUCUCGAUCCCGUCCCACGGCGGCGCCAAUCGCAGUCAAUCAUUUCAAUACUCAAUACCAUUGAAGGCGACAAGGUUUGAUUGAGUACCUACCACCUAUACCUACACGUCACAUAUCAGAUUUGCCACAAGAAACAAGUCAGGUCCAGGUUAGUUUACAUAGGUAGGUAGGUAGUAAAAAAAAACUGUCAUGAAAUCCAGGGCGUGUUUCGGAAUAGGUAGUUACCUAGCUCGGACCAAACGUGAUAUAAUAAUAUACAAGUGUUUCUGA